AAGUGUAAUGGUAUGAUAUGGUUCGUUCCAACCAGCUCUCCGUCCAUUCCUCCCUCCCUCCGCCCCCUUCCUCGAACCCGAUCCCUCUUCGUCGGUGCCCUAAUCCUAAUUUUCGCCCGAAGUUUUCGGACCUCCUGCUUCUCACCGGAUAUCGUCGAUCCUCUUUCCGCUGCCCGCUCGUUGGCGGCGGUGGCAGCAGCGGCUCCUCAUGGGACUCGAACGCCGAGUCCGUCCGUGCCGGAAGAUUCAAGUUCCGAGAUGGCGGCGCUGGAGGAGAUGAGGGUGAGGGGGUUUCAUGGAGGAGUGACAAGAGGCGGUGGUGGUCUGACGACUCCGAUGAGCCCGAUGAGGACUUCGAAGCGUUUGAUGAUGAUCCUGUUGAGCAGGACCCUUGGGAUAAGAUUUGGAUCUUUAAGGUAUUCAAGUCGUAUGGCUAUCUGCUACCGGCUAUCAUAGUUUCGAUGCUUCUUGCAACAGGUCCAAAGGCUUUUUUAAUGGCCUUGGCAUUGCCUCUUGGACAGUCAGCAAUAUCUCUGGCAAUCGACAAGGUCUGGGGAAAGGUACCUGGAGGGCAACAAACCAGCCGCAAGUCCAAGAAGAAGUCUUUCACAAGAUCUGAUGGGGGCUAUAAAAGACAGUGGCAGGACCGAAGCAGCUACAACAGCCCGGGAAGGCAUGACUAUCAGUCAUGGGUAUCUAUGGAUCCCGGUGUUGAUGACAAGGCGAAAACUUCUGAACCCAGUUUGGGGGGAUGGGAUGACCUGGAUCGGCAGGGAGGAAGCACCAGUGGUCGUGCAAGACAACAACCAUCGACCCCAAGGAGUUCACCCGAGUCUGAGCUGGUGAAGAAGGGGAAGUUGUCCAAGAGGGGAAGAUACAAGGGUGCACCACUGUUCCUGCGACUGCUGAUUGCAGUUUUCCCAUUCUUGGGUUCGUGGACUAGGAUGUUGUGGUGAGAAGCGUGAUCAGUAGGAUACAGGUAAAAAGAUCUCGUUUUGACAUCAAUGGGGUGCAUAACAAGCAAGUCCGAUUCAAUGUGGAAUUCCAAAAUAUGAAGUGUUGGUCAAAAUUAUUUUCUGAAGCAGCCCAGGAUGAUCGCAUCGGGAGGAUAAUACGAUACAGGAAUUUGCACGUUAGUGAAGAAUCAGAAUAAUGCAUGAUAUUGCUGAACUACAGGCAAAUGCCCGAUGAGAUUUCAUCUCUAAAAAGCCUGUCUGAGACUUGGACACUAUCAUUUAUAUUGACAAGUGAAUCAUAUCUGUUGCAUUUGAAUCCUUUUCAAGUAUUAUGUACACAAAUUGCAAUGUAUAUUACAUGAGCAAUAUCUUAAUGAUGGCAAGGUGGCUUUUGUGUUCC